AUGGUCAAAGGAAAGUCUUCUGCAUCGUCAGGAACGCGCAAAAAGCAUGCAAAAAAGGCCGCUGCAGCUUCCAGCCUUCCUGAUGAGCCAACUGUACCCAAAGAGAAGAAACUAAAGGGAAAAGACAAGAGAAACAAAGAGCCUAAGAAAAAGGUCUACAUCCCGCCCGUCAAGCCUGCUCCUGUCCAACCAGAUCCUCUCGACACGUUAGGAAUCGCCCAACGACUUCCUCCAGAACUUCUCAUUGCACUUAGGCGGCUCGCUAAGAAGGACUCGAUUACGAAGAGAAGAGCUCUGGAGGAAUUGCAGGCCGCAUGGGUGGACAAGGCUCGAGGUGAGAAUUCAGACAGCAUAGUUUUAUCAUAUCUAGCCGAUGCUGUCCCCGUGUGGCUUCACCAUGUACCGGCCUUGUUUCUACAUCCGUCUCGUCGCAUCCGAUUGCUUGCAGUGGGACUCCACUUGUCCCUCCUGCGUUUGCAAAAUACAGUAACCGACCAGUUAUUCUACUUUUUACGUGAAGUAGCCACUUCUGAUCAAGCGGAAUAUAUCAUCGGUGCGUGGUGUCUCGCCGCCCAUGACAUCGAUCGACCAGUGGCCGCCAUUGCACGCGAAUCUUGGACACAUUCGGUGGCCUUUUCUCCUGGGUCAAAGAUAGCUCUCGAUCGCACUCUUCUGUCAUCUCUCUGGGAAUUUGUGCAGAGGACAGCCCUCGAUCCUAACGGUAUUUACUUGUACGUAAACCCGCCCCAGCCUGUGGCUGCGCCUCCACUUUCACAGAAGAAGUCGGCUCGCCCUCCACCAGGACGGAAGGAGGAGGAGACUAAUACGCGUACGAAGACAGAGGAAGAUGAGGAAGACGAGCAGGAUAGGUGGGCUCGGUUGCGUAUUGGCGCGUUGGGGUCGGCGGAGUGGUUACUUAGUAAACAAUCCGAGUCAACAUUAGCGGAUCGCAUAGGCGAGCACCUCGCGCUGUUCUCGAACCAUGCGCUCUGGUCGGCGCUGUACCACGGGCAUACACCACCUUUUGUUCCCGUCGACAGCUUCGGACAUAGUCAGCCUGGUGUUCGGAAGGCAGCGUGGUCACUGAUUCAGACGAUUGUCAAGACGUGCAAAGCUCAUCUUAAUGUCCUACUGCCUGUUCUUAGCAGAGCAAUCUUGCGCUCAGCAUGGGUGGAACCGGAUUCGAUCGUCAGAGGCAGCAUGUGGCAGCCUCUCUUGAUGUUUCUCAAAGAAUUUCCGAAUGCGUGGGAAAUUGAGGCAACAUCUGACAACGAAAUUGAGGAAGAAGAUUCUGACGAUGAGGAUGAGGAUGAGGACAGGAUUUCUCAUGUGAGAAUUGCUACCGGUCACAGCCCGUCAUCAGGGCCGACCCAAGCGUAUUUGGAAUUUCUACAAUUCCUCCAACUCGGUUGUUCGGGGUCGCCUCUACAGGGUUAUCCCGCUGUCCUCGUUAUAAUUUCUACCAUUCCCUCUAAGAUCCUAGGGACUUUACCAUUCACAGAUUUCUUCACAUCGUUUUGGGCUGCCUUAGACGGUCGCGCCUUGAGCUCUCUCGAUCGGAACGCAGCGUCUGCUGCAUUCCUUUCGUCGUUACUGGAGUGUAUCGUCUUCCUCGCCCGGCGCGUGCUGAAAACUGUUCCGGAAGGGGAACCCCAGCUAUUGUCCCACCCGACAGCAGAAGGAACGGACGGCGCAGACUUGAACGUGCACAUGGAUAUUGUUCGGACGCUUGUCAAUGAGCAGGUCGCUCAUGUGUGGGAUGAAUUAAUCUCCCGACGACUCAAAGUCAACGAUGAGACUGCUUCUUCUCUCAUUAUGCGCAGUCUGACGCUGCUAUACCAGCUCGAGUCGAAGCUGUUUGAGGGUGCAUGGGCUGCCUUAAUGUCUGGAAUCAGAGACAAGGCCACUGGAGAAGAUGUAACGAUGCCUCCGCUGGUUCCGGUGCUCCUCAAAGCCUGCCAAGAUCAUUUUGAGCCGGGAAGUCAGCCUGCAAUCCUUGCAAAGGCAGUGAUCGGCGAAGUUGUCAAAGCUGCUGUGCAGCAGUGUGAAGGUGUACUGGAUAUUGAGCAGCCCUUUGCAUCGGAACGUAUAUCUGGUUUAGUAGCCAUCUUGGAUAGAUUUGGGUCCUCGCUCUUCCGUGACCCCGGAGUUGCUAAGGUGAUUGACGGGGCGAUGCGCAUGCACACCAAGCAGUUACUUUCCAUCUCGCCUCGUUUGCUUCUGCUCUACUUCUGGAACCGGCAGGAUACGGCUCUAUGUCUGAAACUAUGGCAGGAAGUACUCCGGGCGAUCACCAUCCGGGCAUCAGAAGUUGGUACAACGCUUGUAGCAUUGCUCGAUGCUGCGGAUCAAAAAUUGCUCCCCAGCUACCUCAUUCCUAGAGAUGCAGACCUUGAUGAUCUGGCUGCCGAUAUCCUCGCAGAUGCCUCGUCGAAGCCGCAGCAGGCUGCAGAAGUGAAUAUCAUUCGUAGAUUGUUGCGCUCUCCAGAACACUUCAUUUCUCAGGGAUGCCAUGAGAAUUUGGUCAAGGGCGUCUGCUCUGGGUUCGCCGCGCGGGUCCCUGAUGCUUUGUACAACGAAUCGUUCCCCCUGGACAUUCUCGAAGUUCGGUUGGAUCUCAUUGAGAUGCUUUUCGAACACCAACCGUUAUACCUGAUGUCUCCAUCGAUCUCAUUGUCUGUCUUACCUGAGAUGUUCUUCUUUGCCUAUUUUCUGCCAGAGAUCCGUUCGAUCGAUGACAGACCGUUGGCUACGGCAAGGCGUCUAUGGGAGACAUGGAUGGGGAAGUUAUCACAGAGGACGCAGACCACUAUUCAGCUGACGCUCAGGCAACGGCUGGAUUUGCUCGUCCUCGAUUGCUCCGCUUAUCCUACACCUGAGCAGAUAAUACGGGUGGUAUCUAGAAAAUACACAUGUUUCGACGUUGAUACGCUCGCUGUGCUUCCAUCAAAGAGAUCAUUAGACAUCAUGCUCGACGAAUUACCGUCCCAUCCCUCGGACGCAUGUUUGGCCGUCCUCGAUCCCUUGGUUCCACCCUCGUCUUUGUACGAACAGUCCCCUCCCCCUCCCCAACCUCACUGUCGCCUUGGUUUGUCCAGCUAUGCAAGAGCCAUUCACGCACUUUUGUUGUACUUCUCUGAAGAACGACACGCGGCCAAGGAAAAUGCAUGGACCUUGCGGCAUUUCCUCGUACUAUCUCUCUACGCCGAGGAACUGAUACGAAUACCCACAUCGCGGAGUCCCCUUUUCGCACAUUAUAUCCAGAAGCCUGUUUUGGUUGAUAUUGUAACCAAAGUACAACAGAUGACGGCGUACCUCUUAUCAUCGGCUCAGGAUGAAGCCUGGCAUGCAGCGGUUGUCAGCGCUAUAUCAGCCGAUAAGGCAGAUUCCUCUCCGGACGACGUGGGAAGGCUCAUUUUUGACUUGAUUUCCUUGGGCAAGAAAAAUGAUACCAUCCGCGAGUCCCGUGUACUCCAUAUUAUUCUACAGCAUACUCUCAGCGGUGCGUCUAAGAGUGAAUCUGAACAAUGGCUGCGGCUUGUCCGGAAAUUGGAGAAACCAGCUCCGCACAUGGCUCUCGCGAUCAUCUAUUCUGUGACUCGUUACGCACCAGAGCCGCCCUUGAUGGACCGGUAUAGGAACGAACUUGCAGCAGGCCUUCUCGGCGUACCCGCGUAUAAAGCGAAUAAGGAUGGGCUUUGGCUCUUGCUUAGGUUGACUGCAUCUGCUCCAGACCCCGAGUCGGACGUCGUGUUUCUGCCACAGCUCAGAGCCGUGAACUUGAUGAAAAUCUGCCAGCAGUGGGUUGCCUCCGACGAGGACUUGGACGAAGAAGUCGAGAGCGAGAUGACCCAUGUCUUUCUCCAUCUCGCUCCGAUCCUGCAGAACGUGCCCGGGGCCCACUGGGACUUCAUAUUUGAUGUGAUGGAAAACAAUCUCGAGAACUCAUCGCUCUCCGACUCGUCCACAUUCGUUACGCUGAGCAGGACUCUACGCUUGUAUAUUGCAAUUGAGGAUCUGGCGUCCACCAACAAGGCUCUCCGCGCAGCCUGGCAGCCGCGAGAGACAGCGUGCAUGACCCGAAUUCGGGACUUGGCCACAAUACAGCUCGAUUCGGGAGAUGCGUCUGAGCCGCUAUCUGUGUGCCGUGAGCUUGUUCUGCAGAUCGUGCAGGACCUUCCGGAUACGCUCAUGAAUGAAACUACGUUGGCAAAGAUGUGUCAUAUUAUCACAGAUUCCUCCCUCGACGUGCAGAAAAUGGCAUAUCAGUUUCUCCAUGAGGCUGCGAGAAAGUACACCGAAAACAUGGUCAUUGAGGCCGCGGUCGAGUCAGAGGUCCCAAUGACACCAAAACUGCCGAUUGAAUUGGUCCACAUUCUCCAGCGAAACUUAAAUUUCGAUGAUCCGCUCGAACUAGCGAGUCAGAACCCGUCCAGUUACUUCCUGGUCUGGAUGCUUCUUUUCGAUCUGUUCUCGAAUGCGUCACUGAAAGUCAAGUCCGGCUACACCGAUCAGCUGAGGGACCUCGGCCUUGUUAGCGAGCAUCUGCUGCCCAACCUGUUCAGCGCUUUGGGUUUGUAUGAAGGUAUCCUAAAGGCAUUCAAACUGGAUAUUUGGGACAUUGAGUCCUUCUAUCUUGACUCGUACUCGGCCGACUCGGGCAUGAGUCUCCGUCUCCUGGCUGCGCAUGUGUAUUACAGAGCGUUGCUCACCGUGCCUUCCCUCGUUCGAGGAUGGCUGUCAGAGUGCAGGGACCGCCAGCUCUCUGGUGCAGUGACGGCCUACACAGCCAACCACUUCUCCCCGAUGAUUAUCAAGACCGAGCUCACACAAGUCAAGAGCCCUGUCGCGACCGUCGAGCUGCUGGACGAAAAUGUCACCAUCAAAGUCGCGUCCGCGAUCAACGCCGUCACGGCGUCGUACGCAGUAGACGAGUACCAGCUGGAGCUCACCGUCAAGCUCCCGUCGGACUACCCCCUGCACGGGAUCGAGAUGCACGACAAGCGCGUUGGCGUCCCAGAGGAUCGCUGGCGCGCGUGGGUGCUGGGCGUGCAGCAGAUCCUUCUCUUCCGCAGCGGGAGCAUCGCCGAUGGGCUCAGCUUCUUCAAGAAGAACGUCUCUUCGCACUUUGAGGGGCUCGCCGCGUGCGCGAUAUGCUAUUCGAUUAUCAGCGCGACCGACAGCAGUCUGCCGCGCAAGCCGUGCAAGACGUGCAAGAACCGCUUCCAUGCGGGGUGUCUGUUCAAGCAGCCACUCCUCGAGCUGCCCUCUGUGCCGGUCGGACUUUAUCUAACGGCUCGUCGUAGCGUCGUCCUAAUAACCAAGUUGUAA